AUGUCUCCUGCUGCCGCCACUACUGACAAGAAGCAAAGUGGGUUGGCCCGUGUGCUUGGGUCGGCUUCUGCUGGUAUCCUCGAGAUUGGGGUCUUCCACCCCGUCGACACCAUCUCGAAGCGGUUGAUGUCGAACCACGGGGCGAUCAGAUCGGCGCACCAAUUGAACGAAGUCAUCUUCCGUCAGUACGCCGCUGAACCUUUCGGCAAGAGAAUCUUCACUCUUUUCCCCGGUUUGGGGUACGCCGCCGUGUACAAGGUGUUGCAAAGAGUGUACAAGUACGGUGGUCAACCUUUCGUCAACGAGUUCUUGACCAAGAACUUCAAGGACAGCUACGAAAACUUGUUCGGCCCCAAGACCGGUAAGGCCAUGCUUUCGGCCACUGCUGGUUCGCUUAUCGGGAUUGGUGAAGUGGUGUUGUUGCCUCUCGAUGUGUUGAAGAUCAAGAAGCAAACCAACCCUGACGCUUUUAAGGGCAGAGGCUUGUUCAAGAUUAUCAAGGAUGAAGGUUUCGGUUUGUACCGUGGUUGGGGCUGGACCAUGGCGAGAAACGCUCCCGGUUCGUUCGCGCUUUUCGGGGGUAACUCGUUCGCUAAGGAAUACAUCUUCGGCCUUAAGGACUACUCGCAAGCUACCUGGACGCAAAACUUCGUCACCUCUAUUUUCGGGGCUUCCGCUUCGUUGAUUGUCUCGGCUCCUUUGGAUGUGAUCAAGACUAGAAUCCAAAACAAGAACUUCGACAACCCCGAAUCGGGCUUGACUAUCAUCAAGAACACUUUGAGAAACGAAGGUAUCACCGCUUUCUUCAAGGGUUUGACCCCCAAGUUGUUGACCACUGGUCCUAAGUUGGUGUUCUCGUUCGCCGUCGCCCAAUCGUUGAUCCCCGCUUUCGACAACUUGAUCAAAAAGUAA